CUGGGAUUGUUGAAUCGAUAUCGUCUUCCUCCCGAUUCGAACAUUGCGAAUUUCGUACCAUUUGCGAUUUGCAGGAAAAGAGAGAGAGGAGAUGGGAGGUGGGCAUGGAGGAAGCACAACCUACAAGGGAGUGACUCUGCAUCACCCGAAGCGGUGGCAUGUAGUCACCGGCAAGGGCUUGUGCGCCGUCAUGUGGUUCUGGGUACUAUACAGAGCUAAGCAAGAUGGUCCCGUGGUUUUGGGCUGGCGACAUCCUUGGGAGGGACAUGAUGACCAUGGUCAUGGGAGUGAACAUUAGGCAUCCUGAUUAUGGUCUGUGAUGGGCAAUUGUCAUGUGGAAUUUCUUUCAUCAGUCUUCUUCUGAAUAAAGUGAUUGUUGAAAAAGGAUUGUAAUGAGCUUAAAGUUAUGAAUUACAUGUUAAUGUUAACUAUUGACUUUUUUUCCAUUUUCUUUCCUUUUGACAAAGUUUGUAAGGAUGGAAUCUCUUUCAAUCUAUGAAUGUGUUUCUGUGCCUAUUUACACUCACCCUCUGGUUUUAACAAUGUGGGGUUGAACACGGAUAAAGCAUUAGUUGAAGC